CACAACAAAUAUCUACGUGGCUCCAUCGUACGGUUGAGAUCAAGGUUCUCUGAUGAUUUUCCUAAGGGAAAGCGAUAAUUUUCUUUCCGAACAAAUUUCCGCCGCGUCUGCCGCGUAACUCAACAAUGGAGUUUAUAACACAUUGUCGAUAUGUGAGAUUUGGCAAUUUUAUUUAAAAUUCUGUUUAAGAAAUAACAAACUUAAUAAACGUAUCUAUUUUAUUCGAGAAAUUGUCGAUUAUUAGACAAUAAAAUCGUGAGACAAUUGCUUAUCACUCACGAGAAAAUGCUUGUUCUCGUAUAACGACACUCGAUAAGCGGUUACGUGGGUAUCAUAAUGAUGAGGUGACACCUGGUCCUGCCAUGCGGAACAGGUCAGUCACUGUUAUUUUCGGCUCUCUUGUUCUGUGGGGCUUGAUUACAUAUUUUUUGAUUUCUGAUCAACCAGUGAAUAAGGAACGGGAUGCAGCUAGAGUAUCAAAUCAGAUUAAUAAAUUGGAAAGAAGAGUAAAGCAAGAAAUAGCAUUAAAUCAAGAAUUACUUGAGGAUAUUAAGGAAGAUCAGCAACGUAAAAAAAAAAUAGAUAUUGUAAAUGCAAAUAUAGAUGAAAAACAAAGAGAUAAAAAUCAUGUCAAUCAAGACAAGAUUUUCUUUAAAAAGGAGAAAAAGGAUAUAGAAAAUAAUAAAGAUGUACAGCAAUUACAAAUAGACUCUGUGUAUUCAAUUGAAACCUCCUAUAAUGUUCCUACAAAGGGAAAGCUACCAAAUGGAUCUCCAAUAAUAGCAAUUUUGGUGUUUUCUUGCAAUCGCAUUACUGUACAAAGGUGCCUCGAUCAAUUGAUCAGAUAUAGGCCCAGCAUAGAACAAUUUCCAAUUAUUGUCUCAGAAGAUUGCCAACAUCGACAAACUGCGGAAGUUAUUGCGAAAUAUAGAAAUCAAAUAGUGCACAUACAACAACCUGAUCAAUCUGAUAUCGAAGUACCACCGAAAGAGAAGAAAUUCAAAGGGUAUUUCAAAAUUGCACGUCAUUAUGGAUGGGCUCUUAAUUAUGUAUUCUUUCAACUUAGAUAUGAUACUGUGAUAAUAGUUGAAGAUGAUUUGGACAUAGCCCCAGAUUUUUUUGAAUACUUUUUGGGCACAUAUCCUUUAUUAGUAUCUGACAGUUCUUUAUGGUGUGUAUCCGCGUGGAAUGAUAAUGGUAAAGCUGGUUUGGUCGACGAGAAUGCAGUAAAUGUAUUAUAUAGGACAGACUUCUUCCCUGGGUUAGGCUGGAUGUUAACGCGGCAAUUAUGGACUGAACUUUCACCGAAAUGGCCCAAAUCGUAUUGGGAUGAUUGGAUAAGACAACCCGAACAACGUCAAAACAGAGCCUGUAUUCGACCAGAAAUAUCUAGAACUAGAACAUUUGGCAAAACUGGAGUGAGCAAUGGAAUGUUCUAUGAAAGGCAUUUAAAAUAUAUCAAACUGAAUACUGAAUUUGUGCAUUUCACAAAAAUGAACUUAACUUACUUAUUAAAAGACAAUUAUGAUAUAAAUUUCGUCAAUGAAGUAUACCAAUCGACGGUGGUGAGUUUUUCGGAAUUGAAAAGUGGGAAAGUUGUAGCAUCUGGUGCAGUACGAAUUCCUUAUUAUUCCAGACAAGCAUACAAAAAUACUGCUAAGCAGUUUGGAUUAAUGGAUGAUUUUAGGAGUGGUGUACCAAGGACUGGUUAUCGUGGAGUAGUCACUUUCUUUUACAAGGGAAGACGAGUACAUUUAGCGCCUAGUGCAAAUUGGAAUGGUUAUGACAUAACAUGGAGCUAACAGAAAAUGUGACAUCAUUUUUUUUUCAGAUAUGAACAAUUGCUUCCUUGACGUUCGUUGAAAUCGAACUAAUAUUUCAACUAUGUCGAACAUAUACAUAUGAUACAGACGUUUAUUGAUUAUAAGUAUUAUGAGUCGAAUGUGUCAACGAAUUAAUCAAGAAUAAUGGCUGCUUGUAAUUUUCCUUUAAAGAAAAAAUUUCUUUUUCUUUACAAAGAAAAGUCUAGAAAAUUCCUCAACGAAAUUCGGAUAAGCAUUAUUAUAU